AUGGUUAAGCUGACAAUGAUAGCUCGUGUAACUGAUGGUCUUCCUCUAGUAGAGGGACUGGAUGAUGGUCGUGAUAUGCCAGAUGCUGACUUUUACAAACAACAAGUGAAGGCUCUGUUCAAGAAUCUCUCGAGGGGCCAGAAUCAGCCAUCCAGAAUGUCAAUUGAAACUGGGCCAUACAUAUUCCAGUAUUCUUUUUACAAAUACACUUUCAUGCAAAGGACAAAGAAGCUAUACCAGGAUACAAGAACUCAACGGAAUAUUGCGAAGUUGAAUGAUGAACUCUAUGAAGUCCACCAGAUAAUGACCCGCAAUGUACAAGAGGUCCUUGGUGUUGGUGAAAAGUUGGAUCAGGUCAGUCAGAUGUCCAGCCGCUUAACUUCUGAAUCCCGCAUGUAUGCUAAGAAAGCAAAAGAUUUGAACCGCCAGGCUCGCCGCACCGACGAAACGCGCACUCCUCGACCUCUCCAGCGCCUUGCCCCCAAGAAUUUGGUUGUCUGCUUCUCUUCAUCGAAAUCUCGUGGUCCGUUGGUGGAUUUGGACCCUCUCUGGUCACAAUUGAGCUCCGUCGGUGAGGUGUCUGACGGUUUGUCUGUUAAGGGGGUCGUCAGCACAAUGGAGAAGAACACGGUGUUGAAUGUGGCGAAACGGAUGGUCCUCGGGUAG